GUCACACUGGCCCGAAACCAAAACACAUUUUUUUGCAAUUUAAUAAGAAUUAAUAAAUAAAACAACAAUGAGUUUGUCUAGCAUAAAAGAAAGGGAGGCCAAGGGCAAGAAGAAAGUGCUGCCGAAAUUGCGCACAGUCCUGGCCAACCCGUACAAGCAACACAGCCCGGUUUUGACGGACGACGAGGUGCUGGAGUUCCGCCAGAUCCUAGAAAAGGCAAAGAAAAGCAGCGAGGAGACAGACAAAUCCUUUGUCACUCGUCACGGCAUACACCUUGGUCUGGAGAGCUCCCUGCGAGCCAUCAACUCCCAGCGCUUCUCCUGCUUGCUUAUUUCCUUGAGUCUCCGCCCGGCGCAUCUCAUCCGCCUGAUAGCCACCAGUGCAUCCGUGAAGGUUCCCACGGCGCCCAUAUAUGCACAGCCCAAGCUGGAGGAGCUAACCCAAGAGAUCUUUGGAGUAAGGUCCAUAAGUUUAGCUUUACCUUUGGACUUGAAAGGCAUCAGCGAGGACUUGGAGCGGUGGGUUAAUGCGCGGAAACGUUCGGCUCCGUCACCGAAAACUGUAACUCCCAUUGUCACCAAAUCUCAUCGGAAGCGCAAGGAAAAGGCCACGAUUCCCCAGAAAUCUUCGGAGGAAUUGAAGCCUGCAAUUCCUGCUGCACCGGAAAAAAAGGAUUGGGGCGACGACUUUAUUUCCUGCUCUUCUGACAAGGCGUCUUUAAAGCUGGACCAAGUGGAUGUCCAGGUGGAGACCCAGCAACUAGGUGCCGCCCUCAGCCAUUUGGCCAUGAAAGCCAAAGGUGAGCAGUCCAAAGAUGACCAAAAACCCGAGAAAAGGGAGAAAUCCCCAAGCGUAGAGCCCAUGGAAGUGGACACAGAAGCGGUCGUUGAUGAGGACGACUUUUUGCCAAGCAACCUGCAUACCUAUCGCCCACUUACUGUCCACCAGAUACGGCCGAAUCCCGACAAGAAGCCCAAAAAGAAACGAAACAAAAAGCAAAAGCAGCCGCCAAGCAAUUCCUCGCAAUAGUUGGC